CUUGAACUGGACAUGUAUGGUAAAAAAAAUCAAUUAUUCUUCAGAUACAUUAUUCAACUAGAAACGUAAUUCCAUCACAGUGGCCUAGAAAUAGUGAAACUGACAUGAUGAUUAUUCUGCUUAUUAUUACGGCUGUUGUAAUAAUAACCAUGAUUGCUCAGUUUUAUUGGUCCAAAAGACAUAUUUACAGAGCUGUAGCUAAUAUGGAAGGACCGAAAGGUUUGCCAAUUAUUGGAAAUGCCCUCGAAUUUUUUUGCGCCACUGAAGAUAUUCAUGACAGGUUAAAAAUUAUAUUUGCUAACGUACGACAAAAUCCAAUGAGGAUAUGGCUAGGUACCCAUCUAUUAAUCGCAUUGAAAAACCCUGUCCACUUGGAGAAGAUAAUGUCGUCUCAAAAAUUUUCUUACAAACAUGAACUGUACAAAUUUUUGGAAUCACUGAGUCUUGAUGGCUUGGUCGCUGCUUCCGGAUUGAAUCCAAAAUAUAGAGUCCAUAGGAGAAUUAUUCAACCCAUGAUUGAUAUAAAAUUUGUAAAAAGUGUUCUUCAUAUUUUGAACGAACAAUCACAAAAUUGUAUGACGAAAAUGGAGAAGUUUAUUGAUGGUGAUAAUUUUGAUGUCGUUAAAGUGAUCGGGCCCUGUUCUGUGGUGAUAAUGUGUGAAAUUCUAUUGGGUCGAAAACUUGACAUGGAAUCUGCCAAUCACAAACAUAUUUGCCAUUCAAUACCGAGAUUAUUGCAUAUUGGAAUUACUAGAAUGUUAAAAAUAUGGUUGCAUCCAGAUUUCAUAUAUAAUUGGCAUCCGUUGAAAAAGGAACAGGAUAAAACUUUGGAAACGUUACAUAAGUUUAUAAACGAGGUAUUGUAGAGAAUAUAUAACUUCGGAAUUUAAGGCCAUUAUCGAUUCGUAUAAUGUAUUGGGCGAAUCCGGAACAUUUCCAUCCCGAUCAUUUUUUUACCAGAGUUCGUACAGAAAAGACACCCAUAUACAUAUUUACCUUUCACUGCAGAGCCAAGGGGGUGUAUUGGUAAUAAAAAAUAUACUUUUAUGAAUAAAUUUAUUAACUUUUUCAA